AGCACUUAACUAAUGAUAUAAACUUUGAAGACAUUCUAAUUUCAGUAAUACUGCUUAAAUUGUUUUUUUUUCAACGAAAGUUACAGCAAGAGAAACGGCACAGUUUUGUGUAUCACAUAUAUGUAUAGGGAUAUAAAAAGUUAACGAACAUACGGACAGUGGUGAGUCGAAGUAUUUUUAUUACACAAGAUGGAAGGUCAAACGAGUCCUGAUCAAAUCAUUCACGAUAUUGGUGGAUGUGGACGGUAUCAGAUUCGAAUGAGUGUUAUAGUUCACGUAAUGAAAACUAUCGUCUGCUUUACUAUAAUGUCUAUGAUAAUAAUGUCUGCAACACCGCCUUGGUGGUGCGAGGACAAAAACGCUUUGUUGAUGAAUAACAUUACGUCAUGUAAACAGAUUGAAAACGGAAGUGAAGUAACUGUAUGUCCAGCGAAGUCAUGUUAUGGGGUUAACACCACUAAAUGCUCUAGUUUUGCCUUCGGUAGCCGGAUGAAAACCAUCGUAAGUGAGUUUAACCUGGUAUGUGAACGUGAUUACAUCCCUAGUACAAUAAUGACUCUCCAACUGGCAGGGGUUCUUGCUGGCAACGUCUUAGCGGGACAAACGGCAGAUUUGAUUGGGAGGAAACCACCAUUCUUCGCAUCCAUAGUGCUAAUUACUUUGGCCAAUCUUGUAGGUUUCCUGUCGGUGAACUGGAUAAUGUUUGGAGUUGCGAGGCUUUUUGUUGGUAUGGGAGCUGGCUUCUUCCUUACCACGCAGUACAGCCUCUUGUCGGAGUUUUCUCUGUCAAAAUGGAGGGUUUGGAUAAUUGGAUUUCCCUCCUGGCCUAUAGAACAAUGCGUCCUGGCGUUAUGCGCGUGGCUUAUUCAGGAUUGGAGAUAUUUACAGUUAAUGAUUGCAAUAAUGGGAGUUCCUUGUCUUUUCGCUUGGUUCGUGAUUCCAGAAAGUUUCCGAUGGUACAUUGCCCACGAUAAGCCAGAAAAAGCAAGGGCCAUUAUCGAGAAGGUUGCAGUCUACAAUGGUAGACCUGACUUCGAUGUUAGCGAACAUCUUGUAAAACCAGAGGGCAAAAGUGACAGAAAAUAUACUUUUAUCGAUUUAUUCAGAUCCAAGAAGCUGAUCAAGAUUUCCGUUUUGUCGUCUUUUAAUUGGGUAGGUCUGGGACUUAUUUCCUAUGGUAUCAGCUAUGGUGUUCAGUCUUUGUCAGGAAACCUAUAUUUGAACUUCUUCUUGUUUGCCCUGACGGGUAUACCAUCCAAGGCAAUUGCACUGUGGCUCCAAAAUAAAUUUGGAAGACGAUCGACCUCCAUUUUGUGUUACACCAUUGUCGCUAUCAGUGGAUUUGUUGUUGGCAUUGUUCAGACAAUAGAUGCUCCAAAUAAAGACUCUUUGACCAACGGAUUCGCCUUGCUGGCACACACUGGUAUCGCUACUGCAUGGGGACCUGUGCAGACAAUGACUAUAGAACUAUAUCCUACUGUCAUCAGAAAUAUUGCUUUUGGAAGUUUGAGCGUAACUGGUAGAAUUGGCGCAAUGGUUGGACCACAACUUGUGUAUCUGAAUGCGCAUGUACCUGGAUUGUUGUAUUACGCAUGCGCCGCUGCUUCUGUGCUGUGUGUUAUUGGAAGUUUCGGACUUCCGGAAACUAUGGACGCCAACCUUAGUGACAAGAUUGGAGAGAAAAGGGGUCACUUGAUAAAAGAAAACGGCAGCCAAGUUGUUUAAACAAAAUAUUGUACACUAAACUUAUAGACACACUACUGAUUUGUCAUGAAAUGCUUUAAAAACGAAUGUUUUAAAGGUUUUGUGGUAGAGACGGCAUCAAACAUUUUAUGCAUAUUUGUAUAGCAAUAAUUUAGAUUGAUACAGUAAAUCACAUAAAAAAGAUGUCAAGGUGUAGUAAUUCAUAGGAAUUUGAAAUGUAAUCACAAGUGCUUAAAUGGUGAACAUCUAUCACAAAAGCUACCGACGAUAAUUUCGAUCAACUUGCAAUAUUUCGAGAGCCAGUAAGUAAGCUUCCCAUUUGGUUACUGGCUUUUAAAUCUGGGGGAAGUUAAAACAAAAAAAUUAAAUGUCCUUUGAGUUGAUAUAGUUAAAAUUUGUUUGUUAUUUGGGUUAAGCGCUAUUUUUCAACAGCAGUUCAAUUAUGUAACGGCCUGCAGUUAACCAAACCAGUGUUCCUGGAUUCUGUACCAGUAAUAACUGCAAGUAACUGCCAACUUCCCCACAUCACGGCUACUAAACCCUAGCGCCAC